CCCAUGUGUGAGGGGAGUCGGCGAUUAGUUUUUAUUUUGGUUUGACUCGCGUAGUUGCAAUACGGUUACAGGCAAAAGAUUACGCGUGUAAGGUCACGUUGUCGUCGCGUCUUCUUUUGUUUCCUCCUUCGCAAAUCCUAUAAAGUCCUUGCUAACCUUCUCUCAAAAUGAAGAAACAUGGCGGUAUCGACUCCCCCGCGUCGUUUAGUUGCUCCUCUCCUCAGUCAGGCUUAGACUUGAAGAUUAACGUUCACGACAAAGUGUUUCGAGAAAUAGGAUGCUGCAUGGACAACCGAUGGUCCAAGGCUAUCCCUCCGCAGGAAUUCUUGGAUAAGUUCCUGACAGGAUCGAACAAACGCAUGCCUAGUUUUUCCACUGCUUCCAAGCAAGCAGUGAAGAAAGCUAUCACGGGAUAUGUGAGGAACACCGGUUGCAAGCGAGGUCAUUUUGAGACUACGAGAUACCAACCCUUGAUUACAGCUGUCGCAAAGUAUUGUCCGUCAAUUCAGCUUGAGGAUACCAGCCACCAAUCAACAUCUAUCUCGUGGUACGAACAUUCCGUCUCUUUCCAGCCAGAAAUCCAAGGAUACGACAAAACUGCUGCCUUCCGAAUGACCGAUGUCACUGAAUUUCUCGUCGAAUUAGAGCCUCGAGAAGAGCAGGAUCCGUUCCUCGAAAUUCAGGAUGACUUGAGUGACGAUUAUUACAUCGAUCGCGACACGUACGAAGCACAGGCCACUCGUGACCAGAUAUCCACCUACGCUGGGGCCCUCAUGGCGAGACAGUUCCGAACGCACUGUUUUUCAGUCAUCAUCUUUGGACAUUACGCAAGGCUGAUUCGUUGGGAUAGAGCCGGUGCCACGGUCUCUAAACUCUUCCAUGUCUGGAACGAAACGUUCCUCGUCGACUUUCUUUGGCGAUAUCACUCGGCUGAUCGUGAAGCGCGAGGGCACGAUCCUUGUGUCGUUCCUCUCAACCCAAAGACGCAGGAGAGGGAGAUUACGCGUGUGAGGGAGAUCCUUGAGAUGGGAAAAGAGGAGUUCGUUUACAUGUUCACCAUUCAUGACGAAACCGGCGAGAAAGAACACAGGUUCUACGGCGGUAAGAUGGUCACCACGGCACUGCCCACCCCUCGUGGAAGAUGCACAAAGGGCUUCCUCGUUACGACCACUGAAGCGAUCAAUAGACCACAACCUGUUGGAUCUGAGAUCUUGAAGUCUAACAUCCACUAUUUGAAGGCGACAUGGCGGACCUUGGCAUGGGACCUUGAGCCUGAAGGGAAGAUUUAUGCGUCGCUGAAGGACGCCGAUGUUCCUCACAUUCCUACACUUCUUGCUUCUGGAGACGCGCGGGGAAGAUGGCAAAAUACACAGACCAAGUACAUGAACAAUCACCCUCCAAUACGCCGGCAUCGACAUUAUUAUAUGGCCUUUCGGGAAGUCGGGAAAUCUCUGUCAAAGUUCUCGAACCUAGCAGAAUUUGUGGGAGCUCUGAGAGAUGCAUUAAAAGCUCAUCAAACAGCUUACGAGAAGCUUCACAUACUUCACCGCGACAUCAGUGAUGCCAACAUUCUCAUCUUCAAUGGACGCGGCCUCCUUAUUGAUUGGGAGUUUAGCAAGGUCUACGUGCCUGGUAUUCCUCGAGAACCACGGCAGAACGAGAGAACGGGAACAUGGCAAUUCAUAUCGGCGCGAAUGUUACAAUUGGGAGGCCAGCCCGUGCAGCACACUCUGUUUGAUGAUCUCGAGUCCUUUUUCCAUGUUCUUUGCUGGGUGGCUAUACAAUACUCCCAGCACGGCAUGUCUGACAGUCAAGUCGUCACGUUCCUCAACGAUGUCUACGAUUACGCUGUCUACAAGAACGGGGAUGAUUGUGGAGGUCAGCACAAACGAUUGGCCUUCCUUGUGCAACGUUUUUCGGAGAAGACCAAGUUCACAUGCCUUCCGUUUAGGGGGUUAGUAGAGGAUCUUGAAGCCGUUUUUUGCUACUUUUACAAAAGCCAAAGGAGUCAGGACCGUGUUUCUGAUCCACGGAGCUGGACAACCACAGACAUCACUACGUGGAUUAGAAAAGUCGUGCACAACCCGGAUGAUGUUGCUGAAAAGAUCGGCGCCUACAAUCUUACAGGGGAAUCCUUCGUGGAUUUAACUGACCAUAUCCUCGCGAAUUCAAUCGGGAUCACGCAGCUCAGCGAUCGCCAUUGUAUUCUACGUGCCGUCGAGAAGCUUAAGGAGGGUGAGACGAAAGAGGAAGUCGAUCAAAGGGAGCUAGCCAAACUGGACGACCACACAUGGAUGUUGGAAAGCUUUACCCGCAUCGCCGACGUACUUUCCGACAUGCCAGCGGAACUUAUUCGACCUGGCAUUCCGCCAGGUCUCCAAGAAGCCGUGAAGAAUGCAGAGCCCGAAGGGGCUCGAAAACAAAAGAAGCGGACCCAAUCAGAACGAGCGGCCCUUGCACAAUCUCUAACUCAAGAUGCUGGCGGACAGGAAGAAAUGGAUGUUGAUGAGGAAGAUGAACCCGAACCGCAACAGAAGAAGCAACGAAAAUCCACAGUGCCACCUAACAGGCAGACACAGCAGCGACAGUCGCGUAGUCAGCCUGGCACUUCUAGACCGUCAAGAGUUUCAGAUCCUCCUCAGACGGAAGUUGUCGUGCGUCGAAGUGCGAGGAUUCAGCAACACAAGGAUCGAUCCAGGCCAUCAGGUGUUGCCAGUACUAGUAGGGGGCGGAGAAGUCGCCGUCUAGUGGUUCGCGAUGAUGCAUAACCUGUAUUUCUUUCCUUCAUCUAACCCUAUCUAUUCUCCGCCUAUUCCGUUACCGAUACCCUAAUACUUUGUAGCAACGAUCAUGCUUUCUUGUUAUUGUUCACCCAUCCUCAUGACAUGACUUUAGAUAUUAUUACUGUACUUAGACUUAUUUUCUGUGCCUUGUGUACUCAUACCUCCCCAUUCGAUGCAAAUGUAGCGAUAGAAUCCAAA